AAGGUCUGGGGCUCCAUCGGAAUAGAACCUUCUAGAAAAUAUCUCAUUGAUGAAGGGACAGCUGACUGCUGUCUUCAGCCCGUUUGAUUAAGACCAGAACGCACUGAGGGAAGAAAAAUCUUGUCUUUUAAGUAAAGGAGUAAUGGGUCCGAGAGCGGAAACGGAAAUGGGAAGAGAAAGGGCAGCAGGCACAAGUUGGCAGAGCAAAGGAGAAAGGACAGAAGUUAUCUCAGCGCAUCUCGCUAGCAGAGGCUCGAUCGUCCCCUGGGCUCCGGGUCCACGAUGUCCCUGGCCACCUGCCCCGUGUGCAGCCUCGCGCUCCUGCUUCUGCUGCCGGGCUGGUCCUGGGAGGGGCGGGCAGACACUCACUGUCUUUGGUAUAACUUCACUAUCAAUCCUAAUCGUGGAAUUGGACAACCAUGGUGUGAAUUUCAAGGACAUGUGGAUCAGAAUAUUUUUCUUGACUAUUUCUGUGGCACUGAGAAUUUCAAAACUAUAGAUCCCCUUGGGAAGAAGGCAAAUACCACAGUGGACUGGAAGGGACAGACUGAAACUCUGAAAUACAUGGCAGAAGAGCUCAAAGAUAAACUGCCUAACAUUGAUAAAAAGAUUUUCACAACCAGCGGUCCUCUCACCCUGCAGGGCACAUUAUUUUGUCUGUGUGAAACCAAUGACCACACCAGGCCAUCCUGGGAGUUCAGCUUCAGUGGACAGCGAUCUCUCUUCCUUGACUUGGACAACGGAAACUGGACAGUGGUUAAUCCUAGAGCCACAGGCAUAAAAGAGAAAUGGGAGAAUGAUGGACAUGUGACCACUUUCCUUCAGAGGAACUCAAAGGAAGUCUGCAGCAGCUGGCGUGAGGACAUCUUGCAGCACUGGGAGAGGAUGCCAGAGACUACAGCACCACCCACCACGGCCCCAGGCUCAGCCCACUCCAAAGCCAUGACCAUCACACCCAGCCCCUGGGUCCUCCUCGUGAUCCUCAUCUGCUAUGUCCUACUAUUACUCGAGGCACUCAAGGGAGAGUCCCGUGGAAUGACAAGUACCAUGAGCAUAAGUGAGAAGACAGCCAGGGAUAGGGGGGUGAGGUGGGAAGAUGGGAAAGUGAGUUCCCAGAGCCCACCCCAUCCCAUGAUUGGACCUUCCCAAAUGAGACAAGGUAAACAAGAUCUCAUGUCGCUUGAUAGCAAUGACAUGGGCAAGCUCAGCCCUGAGGGAGGUCUGACAAGUCCUCACUGCCGUGAGCCAUCCUGCCAUAGGGAACGGCAUGGGAGCCUGAGUGAUACCCCUUGUUCUGCAGGCCACAAGGGGGUCCCAUGUGUGUGGCACAGCUCCAUGGAAGUUCUUGUUUGUUCACCUUUGGUUGCUUAACAAAGCUUCCCAGAAUUAAACAGCCUAACCUUUUGGCUUGGUAUGGCUUUGAGAAAUUCCCUGGCGUUUCUCAAAGGACAUGUUAAAAUAUAUCAAAAUUAACUGGUUUAUUUAAAGGGCAUUGUCAAUACUAAAGGUGUUUUUGAUGCAUGUUCCCGGUAUGGGUUGGCUCCAUUUAAUUUUGUCAUUAAUUUUCCUUGUUAGUGAUGUGUGCAUGGACCCAUUGUGGCUGUGGUCAUGCUCUUGUAUGUGUAGAAAGAAGUUAUUGUGUUGGAUUUCUAUCCACAUUCCCCCAGGGAGACGGUGGGUCUGAGUGCAGUAAUGUUUAUAACUAAUUGAUUAUCAACCAGUUACAGAUUUCUUUGUUUCUCCCCACUCCCACAGUUUCACUUGAUUUACCAAGAACAUGUUCGUUCUUUAGUAAUAAGAAUGAUAUAGUGUGUUUUUAUUAGUUUGAGCAGGAUCAUUUAACUUUUCGCUUUGUCCCCUGUGCUGUUCCCGGAGUCUAUUGGCAGGGAAAUAAAAGGUAUAAACAUAGUGAUUUUGAUUAUAAAUUAAAAUGAUCAAUAUAGAAGUUUGUUAGAGCACGGUGCUGAUAAUCCCAAGGUCCAGGUUUGAUCCCUGUAUCGGCCAGCUGCCAAAAAAAAAAUGAUCAAUAUAGAGUAUAAACAAUAUUAAAUUGUUAACCAUAACUAAUCAAUGUUAUUAAAAUCAAGUAUAGUAAGUAUAAGUAAGAUUUUAAAAGGGUUAAAUUGUAAGCUAAGAAGGUUAAGAAUUAUAGUUUAAACUAAAAGUCUGACGCUCGGGCCGGCCCGUGGCUCACCCGGGAGAGUGUGGUGCUGCUAAAAGUCUGACGCUCUUCAAUGCCAAGCAUGCUGCUAUUGUAUAGUUUCCUGGCCACAGGCCACAGGCUUUGGGGUGAACUAUUGAUGCAUGAGUGGGUGCUUUUAUCACAAUAUAAUUGCUUUGGAACAUUCUGUUUUUUCU